GAGUUAGGAAUAGAUGGAAUGCACUUUUGAAAGGCACAUACUUCACAGGACUUUUCAUUGCAGAAUUUAAAAUAGAAGUUGCUGUGGUUUUGUGUGUGGGGUUGUUUGGUUUGGGUUUUUUUUUUUUAUAACGUCAGGUUCAUGUAAGUUUAUAGCAGUUCAUAUGCAACCACUUCUCAGGAAAGUUAGCUUCUCAACAGUUCUUAGCUUGCAAUGAAAUACCUAAAUAUGAACCAUACUUAAAAGUGAAAUAUGUUCUUGAUGCCAGCUUUCACUCAGUUACUUUUAUUAACCUAAGGAGUUUACCAGAACAAAGGAUGUGUCAAGCUGAAUAGUUUGCAGAGAAGAUACAUAGAUCUUUUAGACUACAAGUCAGUAAACUUUGCUUACGCAGCUGGCUCCAUUCAUUCUCUGAAGCCAAUCACUUCCUCUGUGGUGGCUGAUAAGAAUUCAACAGUUUGAGAAGGUGGAGUGUCAGCAUCCUCAGUGCUGAGCACUUUCCCAGGCAUAUCAGUAGCCUCUGUCCAUCACUCAUGCAGGAAGCUACUUGGAAAAGGAGAAAUAGAAAUUGGGGAAGAGAAAUAAUGCAUCAUCAUCGUGGGUGGAAUGUACAGAAGACUUUAUGCUGUUUUCAUCAUGUGGAUUCACUAGAGAAAUGAUCCCUUUUGAUCAGCCAAGUAAAAUCAAAAACUUGUUUUUUUGCUGCCUGUGUCCCUCACGGCUGCUGAGGCUCUGGACUUGCAGGCGCCCGAGGACCAGGAGGAAUCUGCUAGUGGGCACUGCCUGUGUGAUCUACCUUGGAUUCCUUGUCAGCCAGGUGGGUCAUGUUUUACCACAGCACAAAGGAGGCCAUCAGAAGAUCAGUUCCAGGAGUCUCCAAGAUGCAGCUCAAACUCCUUUUCUGGGCAUCCCACUGGAUGGCACCCUGUCACCACCCAAUUUCCAGGAACCCCAGCUUGGUAGCAAUGGGACCUUGCUGCCACCCAAUGUAGUUUAUAUCACCCUGCGGUCCAAGCGCAGCAAGCCUGCCAACAUCAGAGGCACAGUGAAGCCAAAGCGCAGAAGGAAAAAUGCAAUCCCUUUGUCCUACGGGCAGCACUUUCCAAAAGCCACUUUUAUGGGCUGGGAAGAGGCCUUUGCCCAACAGCCAGGGUGGGCCACACGUGCUGCAGGCACCAAUGGAGCAGCGAUCGCUCUGGAGGCAAGAAAGUACCAACUGGAUGAACACAGGCAUAAAGGAAUGGCUAUCAGGGAGAGAGGUCACCAGAAGCCUGGGAGGAUUUCUGGAGCUGUAAAGGCACAGCUCCAGCCUGAGGAAAGCAAUAUCAGGAUUUAUAGCGAGAGCCCUCCCUCAUGGAUGAGCAAAGAUGACAUCCUAAACAUGCGCAUGCUGGCAGACUCUCCCAUAGAGAGCAUUCAUGAAGUUCCUUCACAAAAAGCAGUCCUGGCAGUAUUUGCAAGAGGUCCCAGCACUAUGGGAACUGCUUGUAAUCAGGGACACUGUGGAAUUGUCAAAAGGCCUCUCGACAUGAGUGAGGUGUUUGCCUUUCAUUUGGACAGGAUCUUGGGGCUAAACAGGAGCUUACCUUCUGUAAGCAGGAGAUCAGAGUUCUUCCAAGGUGGUCAGGCCUGUCCUGUUAUUCUCUGGGAUUCCUCACUGAGUCCAACAGAUAAUAGUACCCAUUCUUCAGUGAGGUUAACAUGGGGACAAUAUCAGCAGCUAUUGAAGAAGAAAUGCUGGCAGAAUGGUAAAGUUCCCAAAGCUGAGUGGGGCUGUACUGAAAUUCAUCAUAAUGAAUGGUCCAAGAUGGCACUCUUUGAUUUUCUGUUGCAGAUCUAUAAUCGACUAGACAGGAAUUGUUGUGGAUUCAAACCUCUCAAGGAGGAUUCCUGCAUGCAGCAAGGACUGAAGCUGAAAUGCAAUGAUCAGGAUGCUGUUGACCUGACACAUAUCGUUCAGAGAAGGCAUGACCAAAGGCACUUGGCCUUUAUAGACAAUAAGGGUUUCUUUGACAGAAAUGAGGACAAUCUUGAUUUCAAAAUACUGCAAGGAAUCAAUGAAUUCCCUGCAUCUGCAGUUUCAGUGCUGAGGAGCCAGCGUCUACGUGAGAAGUUGCUUCAGUCUUUGUUCCUUGACAAAAUAUACUGGGAGAGCCAAGGAGGCAGAAAAGGAAUUGAAAAGCUUAUUGAUGUAAUAGAACGGAGGUCCAAAAUUCUUCUUACCUAUAUAAAUGCACAUGGAGCCAAAGUAUUGCCCAUGAAUGAAUGAAACAGUCUUGUUUCCAUCUGAAAGAAAGUCUUUAAAAAUGUUUUAUGGGGCAGAAACUGCCAGUAAAAUUGAUUUAAUUCAUAGCAUCAUUUUUCCCAAACUUUCAAGUUUACUUUUAAAUAAGAAAUCUUACAUGGUUUAAAAGUAACAUUUAAGUGUCAGCUGCAGCUCAACACAGUGAAAUGAAAAAGAACCAAAUGAUAAUAUGCAGUAAUAUGUAGGUACCAUGAACACGCUUUCGAUUGAGGUGUUUGGAAAUUAGCAACAGGGUUUUCAGUACAUUAGGCUGGAUUGUUCUUGCUUCCCUCAUUGAAGUCAGUAGAUUUUUUUGCAAGUUUAAAUGGGAAAAGAGAUGUUUAAGCACUUGAUACGUUGAUGACACUAGCUGACACAUAUAUACUACAGGUAUUUGUUCUUUUAUUAGGUAUUCUAAAAUGCCAACAUUUCCUAGGGCUUCUUUUACUUUAUUUUGUGUUCUUAUGUGGGGUGGGUGAUCUGUUCUAUUUUCUGUCUAUUGAUUAACUGUCUAUGUAAAAAAAAAAAAAAAAAGCUUUAUCUAUGUGUGAAUAUGCUGCUAAAUAAGUACAUGUUUUGUUUUUUGCAAAAUUCUUGCCAGUAUUUUUUAAGGAUAUUAUCAAAAAGCAGACCUCCUAACAAGACUGUUGUCAAACCCAGCAGAGGAAUUGUUCAUUCUGUGUGCUCAGCUCCAGCUGGCAAUUCAAGCUUGGGUUUCCAUUAAGAUUGGCCACUGUGGGGUGAUGAUUGUAACUGAGAACUUGCCCCAAGUGUUCCCACAAGUGUGGUUGAUAGGGAAGGCUGGAUAAGCGCUUGAGAUUUUUACCCUUGAAAUGCUCCAGAAAGUAAAUAUCAAUUGACACAGUUUAUCAUCACAUCCACCUUCUACCUGACUGUUUAGAAAAACUCUUACCAUCUUUCUAGAGAAAUAUCAUCUUUUUACCAUAAGGUAAUGGUAGAAGUUGGAUGCUUUUAUAGCUACUCUUGUCUUUAUGUGUUGUAAAAGUAUAUAGGGUGUGAAAGAAUUUUGAAAGUGCUCGUGUAAUGUUAUUAAUGACAAACUAAAAUGCCUCAUGUCACUGCUAAUGUGGAUGGUUGAAUUUAAUGUUUUAAAUAACUACAAUUCCACUGAAGCUAAAAUCAGUUUUCUUUCUUAGUAUCAGAAAACCCAUUAACAAUAAUUGCAUUGCUAGAAGAAACAGAUCUCAUUAUAGACAGAGCUAAAAAGACUUAGUAAAAUUUUAAGACCUUAGUCAGCUAAAUAAUCUUUUUUUUAUUUUGUCAGCAAAGGACCAUUCAAUUUGUUAAAACUUCCUAGAACUUAACUAUUGCCUCAAGAGGGUAUGUUUUAGAGAGCCUUGGACUUUUUAACACCAGGGUAGGAUUUUACUGGAUUUUCAAUUUAUCCCUUUCUUUAGAGUAUUGUGACUUAUUAGCCAGAUAAAUGUCAUCACAGAAACAAAAAUAUUACUUUGGCUUGCACUGUGAACAGAGUCUAGAGAAAGAAAUAAGAAUCUGGAUACAUUUUACAUGAAAUUCCUGUUGCAGUGGAUUUCACUCUGUGGUGGCCAUCACAAUCAGUUUGUCUCAUUUUCUAGUCUACCUCACAGGUUUCUUCCUGCUAGGUACCUGUUCUAGCAAUCAAAUUUAUAAUCCCUCACUGCUGGGAGUGAGAGAAAGGCAUGACUCUCAGCUGCAUGACUCUCAGACUCUCUCUGCUGGGCCCUCUUAGGAGAGGGCCCAGCAGAGUUGUGAAUGUAGCUAAUUAUGACAAGGUCCCGUGAGAACUCUGUCUUCUAUCUUCAGUCUGCACAUCCUGAUGCUGAGUCUUUGCCCAGUUGCAAUUUUUUUCCAGAAUUGGCUCAUUGCUGAAGAAGACAAGGAAAUCCAUUGUCUUUCCAGGCAGGAUCAUUUAUUUUUUAUGGUCAUAACUUGAUGCAUUCUUCUCCAUUUUUUCUGGACAUGGACUAGUGUUUCCUUGAGCAUGGAACAUGCCUUUUUAUUUGCCUGGCAGUUCAGUGUCAGCUCUUAAAGCAGCAAUAUAGUUGCCUAUGAAAUUGCCCUCAAGCUAACCUGAACCAAUACCUUUCAGAAAUCCUGGAUUCAAGAGAACUGAGGAGUCACAAUGCUGUGCAUUACUUAAAAACCUGACCAAGCAUGAAAAGUGUAACUGUAAAAGCAAAAUUUCUGGAGACUCUCCAAGGGCAAAGAAAUACUCCCUAUGCUCUGUUAGCAUGCCAUAUUUCACGUACUAACACUCUUGUAGUCUUCAGGUAGGCCAGGAGACUCUGUGAGAUUGGACAGUGAGACAGGAUUGCAGAUUGCUUCUAGUUCUCUCAUGUUGGUAACAAACUCCAGAAAGUGCUUUUUAUCCUGCUGCUGUGGAGUUUGGUACAUAACCCAGUAUUGUUAAUAAUGCAAAAUAUGAUUGCAGUAGCUCUUAUGAAUGCAUACUGGCAAAGUGCUAGCAUUUUUUAAAAAGGAAAUGAAUUCAGUAUUUUUUUGAGUGCAUUUGCAUAAAUGCUAUAUAAAAAAUACAAAAGGAGCACUUUACGUUUGAUUAUUCUUUGCUACUACAUUGAAGGUACCUGCUUCAGUAACAGGGCAAACAUUUAUUGGGAAAUUGGUUCACAUCCUUUGGAAGUAGCAUGACAAGAACUGCACUGUAGCUAAAGUAAUAUCAACUAAGAGGAAAAAUCUGGAAGAAGCCUUAUUCAACCUAUGGUGAUUGAUAGAAAGCCAAGAAACUGUGCUUUAGUCCUCUUUGCUGGGCUGUCUUCCAUUUCUGGGCUUUUGGGAUCAGACAAGGAUUCUUGCACAUUACAUGGAAGGGUGUAACCAACAGCAACACUGCAAAACCUGUGGGCGGGAAAAGGCGAUUAUGUCAUUCUUGAAUCUGCCUGAAAGCCAGAACCACAUGAAGUGGAAUUACUAAGAAAGUCAAAAGAGUUUGCUCUCAAAAGAGUUUGAGAUUUCAUAACACUGGAAGACAGAGAUUAAAAUAAGUAGCACAGGCACAGAUGCCUUAAAAUUCCUAGGGAGCCUGCCAGCAAGUUAAUAGUCUUAAAUGUUUUAGAAGCUGAGGACAUGAAAACUGUGGAGCACUGUGAGAGCAGUUUCCUUCUUUUCUUGUGUGGAUAUUCUAUAAAACACCAUAUUAAAAUAGAUAAAUAGAUAAAUAAAUAAAUAAAUAAUAAAACAGAUUAAUUCUGUGGUUUCAAACUUAUGAAUGCAGAUUUAGGGUACAUUAAGGGACAAGGCUCCCACAGCAAACCUGGGAACUCAUUCAUGCAUAUGUGUGUAUGCAGAUGCAAAAAUACCUGUACAUGUAUUUAUACUUUGGCUUGUUUCUGUAAAAUGGUUAAUUUGGCUAAUAAAGAGUGAGCUGUUUAUAUAAUUUACUGUUUACAUGAAGAAUUGUAUUUGUGAGCCUAAGUCCAGUUUUGGGUAUACACAAGUUGAAGUUUAAACAAAAUAAUAGAUGAAACUUUUGUCCUCAAAGGGUUAACUCUUCUUUUGCUAACACAUUUAUAUAAUCUUAAAAGUUUGUUACUGAUAGUUGUAGAGUAAAACAGCAGUAUGUAUCUGUGCUAAACUUCCAGAGUGGUAUCAACUCAGAUUUUUAAAACCAUUUUAUACUAGAUAUUGAAUUUCCAUUUUAUUUUGGAAUUUGUGAAUUUUUAAAGUCUAUUUGUACUUUAAUUAGUAACAGUUACAGUAUUUUCACAGGUAAUGACUCAUUUGAAUCUCUGCUGCUAUUGUCAUGUAAUAUGUAGGAAUAUCCAAAAUAAAGAAAUAUCUUUAUCAGA